GAGGCCCUGCCCGCCUCGGCCUGGCCCGGCCGCACAGCCAACCCGCUCGAGCCGGAGCCCGAAGACUUGCCGGCCCAGCUCUGCCGUGCGGCUCGCUAUGGGGCCUCGGUCCGUGGCGCGCCGCCGCCCGGUCCCGGGGAACGUCUCCGCCGCGACGGUUUGAGCGCGGCCGUCCUGGGGAGGGAGGACGGCCAGGCGCGGGGGCUGGACCGCUGGGUGACCUUCGCGGGGCCGAUCUGGCUCGGCCGCCACGACGCGCAGAUGCUUUCAUGUCAGCAAAUAUUUACUGAGCACCUACUAUGUACAAGAUGAACAUCUGCAACAAGCCCUCCAACAAGACAGCCCCUGAGAAGAGUGUAUGGACAGCGCCUGCACAAGCCAGCAGACCCUCCCCAGAGCUGCAGGGCCAGCGAUCCCGCCGGAAUGGGUGGAGCUGGCCCCCUCACCCACUCCAGAUUGUGGCAUGGCUGCUAUACCUCUUCUUUGCUGUGAUCGGCUUUGGGGUCCUCGUUCCCCUCCUGCCUCACCACUGGGUGCCUGCUGGCUAUGCUUGUAUGGGCGUCAUCUUUGCCGGCCACCUUGUGGUGCACCUGACUGCUGUCUCCAUUGAUCCAGCGGAUGCCAACGUGCGGGACAAGAGCUACGCAGGGCCCCUGCCCAUCUUCAACCGCAGCCAACAUGCACACGUCAUCGAAGACCUGCACUGCAACUUGUGCGAUGUGGAUGUGAGCGCUCGCUCCAAGCACUGCAGCGCCUGCAACAAGUGCGUGUGCGGCUUCGACCACCACUGCAAGUGGCUCAACAACUGCGUGGGCGAGAGGAACUACCGGCUCUUUCUACACAGUGUGGCAUCUGCUUUACUGGGUGUCCUGCUCCUCGUGCUGGUGGCCACUUAUGUCUUCGUGGAGUUCUUUAUCAACCCUAUGCGGCUGCGCACCAACCGCCACUUUGAAGUCUGUCUGUGCGUUGCAGUCCUGAAGAAUCACACGGAUGUGUGGUUCGUGUUCCUGCCUGCUGCCCCUGUGGAGACCCAGGCUCCUGCCAUCCUGGCCCUGGCUGCCGUACUCAUCCUUCUGGGCCUGCUCUCCACAGCCCUCCUUGGCCACCUGCUCUGUUUCCACAUUUAUCUCAUAUGGCACAAGCUCACCACCUAUGAGUACAUCGUGCAACAUCGCCCGCCACAGGAGGCAAAAGGGGCCCACAGGGAGCUCAAGUCAUGUCCCCCCAAGAUGCGGCCCAUUCAGGACAGGGUAGGCUCAGGACCCAGAAGGCCCUGGAUCCACACCUGGCCUCCCAGCCUCCCUGACCCCCGCCUUCCCCAGGAGAUGGAGUUCUACAUGCGAACCUUCAGCCAUGUGCGCCCAGAGCCCCCUGGCCAGGCUAGGCCCGUCGCAGUGAGUGCCAAUCCCUCCCGGUUUCUUGCCACCCUCGGCCAAGUGGACCCUCCACCACCCUCCUCCCCAGAGACUCUCGCUCUACCACCCCGGAUCCGACCCCAGAAAAAGAGAAAGCGGCGCGCGUAUAAGGUGCCAACCUCUGGGACCUUGGACCGGGAGCCCCCGCUGCCCAGGCUGCCGGGGCCCCAGGCCCUAGGCCGCCGCUCCAGCUCGUCGUCGGAUUCUGCGGGCGCCAGCCCGGUGCACGCCGCUCGUCCUGCAGGCGCUUACCACUCGGCGUCAGCCGAGUCCAUGGACGAGAUUCCAGUGGCGCAGACGCGCCUGGGCAGCGCUGCUCUGGCCGCCCCCGGGUGCAGAGGCCGAGAGCCCGGGCCGGCGCUGCAGGCGCGUGCGCCCGCCGUUUUCGUGAGCCCCAGCAGCGGCAAGCCCGGGGCGCGGGGCAGCCCAGAGGCUGGCCUGGCCUAGCUGGAUCGAGAGGCAGGAGAACCGAGGAGGAGCGGCCGGCCCGACUCUCUAUGCAACGCCCCCACCCUCGCCUCACCGAGUGCACUUUAGGGGCCUCUACGGCCGGCGGGAUCGGCCCCCUCCCCCACGACUCAGCAAUACCCGCCCCACCGGCCAUGAUGCUCCAAUAAACUUUUUUAUGCUUUUG